AUGGAGUGCACCAGUCAGCGCCGUCAAAACCGUUUAAUUCUGACCUACCAAUUCUAUCGCCACCACCAUAUCAACAUCGUGUGCGAUCAAAAUCUGGAAUACCUGACCAUUCCUCAGGUUCAAAUGCACGACGGGCAGUUCCGCCAAAACUGCCAAUUCCAGUCACUCAGCGUUCUAAAAGUGAUGUCAAGCAGUUUUCCCCUGCCCGCAACUUUCCUGAUGCACCCAAGCGCUUUUGCCUUAGACUUCAGUGUAUUAGAACACCCGGACAUCUUGGAAAACUUUGACUUUGACAAAUUCUUGGACACGGAGAGCCAGCCUCAACACGAUCAGCCCAUGCCUCGGGAUUCAGGUGAUUCGAAUCCGAAAAGGAAGAGCAAGAAGCGGAAGGUGAUUGCAGUUGCAUCUGCAGAGGACAGCUUGGAGCCCCAGGUAAAUUCUGAGUUUAUGCCAGAAGAGGGGAAGUCGAAAAAGAUACAUCUGGAUUCAAACGUCUCCAUGGACGAGUCAUCCUCUACAGUUGCAUUGUGUGCUACAAACGCUGGAGCUGAAACUCAGAAUCAAGUGUCAGCAUCUACGGAAGAUAAGCCCUCAACCUCGGAGGAUACGCCGACUGAAGGCUUGGAUGCCUGGAUUCUACGAUGGACAACAUUGGAAAAGACGGAGCUGAAGUAG